GCGCGAGGGGCGGACGUGUGCGCUCUCCCUGUCUGUGGAGUGAGUGGCGAGAGUGAUCGGAGUGGACAGAGUGUGAACAGUGCCGGUGGAUCGAGACAGAGUGGUGGACGGUGGGGAGUGGGGAGGAUUUCAGAAGAGUAGAUAAGCGGUGAGAAAGAGCUGCACGAUGGAUCGGUCGGACGGGCCGUCCUCGUCGGUGGGCGCUGACGGCGCGCUGCUGACGCCGCCUCUCAGCUCAGACACCAGCCUGCAGGAGCUGAUUGAGGCUGAGCUGCGCACCCGGCGCGCCACAGAGCCGGAGCACACCGAGCACACCGAGCACACCGAGCACAUGGAGUUCUCUGAGCACACCGAGCCGGCUGUGGUGUCCGGACUGAAGGCCCGUCUCACCGCCGACCAGCCGGAGAGUCUGCUGUUUGAGACGAACGGAGGGGAAGUGUCGGAUGAAGAGGGGGACCAUGAAGUGACCCGGGUCACUGAGGUCAGCCGACAGACGGCCGGAGAGGCAGCCAAGAGCCGACUGACGACACAGGUCACCAAGGUCACCGGAGAGGCGUCCGAGGUCACCACUGAGGUCACGGAGCAGCUGACUCAGCAGAUGUCGGAGCAGAGCUCCGAGCACCUGGUGGAGGAGUUCACUCAGCAAACUACACAGCAAGUGUCUAAGGAUGCGUCGGAAUACGCGAGCGAGCAAGUCACCAGACAGGUCACCGAGCAGGUCACCGAGAAGGUCUCUGAGCAGGUCACCGAGCAGGUCACCGAGCAGGUCUCGCAACAGGUCACCGAACAGGCCUCGCAACAGGUUACUGAGCGGGUCACUGAGCAGGCCUCUCAACAGGUCACCGAGCAGGUCACCGAGCAGGCCUCUCAACAGGUCACCGAGCAGGUCACCAGUCAGACGACCAGCCAGGUGACUGAGCUGGUCACAGAGCACAUGUCCGAGGCCCGGGAGGUGUCUCGCAGCUCUUCCGAGACAUCUGAGAAGCUGAUAGAGGCGUCGAGCCGCUCGUCUAUGGCAUCCGAGGAACUCCGAGAGGUCAGGGAGGUGUCUCGCAGCUCGUCUGAGGUCUCAGGGGAGCUCAGGGAGGUAUCGCGCCGUUCGUCUGCCGCCUCGGAGGAGCACAAAGAGAUCAGAGAGGUAACACGCCGCUCGUCUGAGACAUCUGGAGAGCUCCAGGAGGUCAAAGAAGUGUCUCGCCGCUCGUCUGAUAUCUCCGAGGAGCUACCUGUCGAGCCUGCCGCCGCCGACGCCGCCCCGUCUGUCGACACUGCCGACACAGCCUCCGUGCACAGCAGCGGCAGCAGCCGGCGCUCCUCGGCCGUCUCCGAUCGGGCCGGGUCGCCGCUGCCGAGCGGUCGGGACGAGCCGGGUCUGACCGGCGCUGGGGAGGAGAUGAGCUCACCUCCGCCGGUGGAGGAGGAGGUGGUGGAGGAGGAUCAGGUGGAGGGGGAGGAGAAGAGGGAGGUACUGGCUGAGCUGGAGGGGCUGGAGGGUAAGCCGCAGGCCGUGAAGACGGUGGAGACUGAGGAACCGCCAGCUCCCGGCACUGGGGAUAGCGAGCCCCUCCGCAGCCGUUCUCCGUCCGAGCAAGGUGAUCGCCUCAGUGACCGAGCCAGCAGCCCGCCGGCUCCGGAGAGCACUGAGCUGCCGGCGACGGACGAUCCCGUCACUGUGACAGCUGAUAAUGACGUCACCGCUCCGGCCACCACAGAUGACGUCAUCGGGGGCGUCACCGAGGCGUCCAAGGUGACCGAUGAGGACAGCGACGAAGGGGUGGGAGGAGGCUCGGAGUGGCGCGCCGGUGCCAAGGACGCCGCCAAGAAACUCCGUCGAAAGAAGAAAUCGGACGGCGCCGACACCGAGACCGGCCUCAGGAGGCCGGCGCUGGACUCGGAGGGCGACUCGGACAUCAGUUCGGAGGGCAGCAGCGGCGCCAGCUCGCUGCCGCCCAGCCAGGCGAGCGGCGGCGCCGGACAGGGACGACACCGCAGCUCGGACAGCUCCGACGGCGACCACGAGCACGAGCACGACCACCACGACAGCGAGCAGCUGGCCGGCGUCAACCUGCGACAGCUGCGCUCGAGCUAUCUGACGAACGUGAGUGCGCCGAGGCCGACCCCACGGACGGCGCUGGGCCCCGCCACCGGCGUGUCCAUCAAAAACCUGAAGAACUCGUAUAACGCGCCGCCAACGCCAGCAAAACGCGGAUCGAAGGACAGCGGCGAUGGCCGACCGAGAGAGCUGUCCAAGAUCAACGUCAAUAUGGCUUCACUGAAGUCGGUGUAUUCCUCCCCGGACGGCCACCCAGCCGCGGCCGUACAGAAGCCGGCGGCGGCCGACCUGCCGUCAGGCCUGAGCCUGCCGUCCAUCCGGGCGGCCUACGUACAGCAGACGACGGCGGGAGCCGGGCCGGCGGCCGCCGAGACCAAGCACGCGCCGGCCGUCCGCACCGGAGUCAGCAUCGACAAACUGCGCUCGAGCUGGACCGACCUGGCUAGAACGGCAGAGACGCCUGGCGGCGAUCACUGGAACCAGCCCGACUCGCUCCGAACGGCGUGCAUGGGUGUUUCGGUCAGAGCCCUCAGGGCCAGCUACGGUGACCUGAGCCGUCUGUCGGACGGGUCGGGUCACGACCCCGAGCCGCGGCCGGUGGCCCCUCGGCCGGCCCCGCGAUCCCACAGUAUCCGAGACCUGAGUACCAGUACCACGGACCUAGCCGGCCUCCAGGCCUCGCCGGUGCCGCCCUCCUGGCUUCAGACGCCCGCCGAGGCGCGGCGCCACCGGCGCGCAGAGCAGGACCAUGACACGUCCCCGCCGAGCGCCCUGACCAAGAGCCGCUUCAAGUCGGAGGGUGACCUGCUGACGGCCUCGGCGGCCGGCCGGCGGUCGGCAGCCGCGCCCCCCGCCGACCGAACACUCAGAGACUCGGAGGUGUUCUCGAGAGUCUCCGUCAAGGCGCUGAGGGCCAGUUUCUGCGACCUCAGUCAGCUCCGGCCGUCCCCUCCCUCACCGGGGAGGGAGCCGAGACUCUCCCCGGCCAGGAGCGGAUCCGCGCUGAGGUCCAGUUUCGGCAGAGCAGAGUCGACCGACCACACCCGCAUCCACGUGCGAUCCUUCGACAACUCCGCCGUCAUCAGCCGCUUCAACAAGGAUGGCGGCGAAUCGUCCAGCUCGGAGUGCCGCGCGUGCGGACGGAAGGCGUACCAGAUGGAGAGCGUGCACGCCGAGGGCGCCGUCUGGCACAAAACCUGCUUCCGCUGCUACCAGUGCAACAAGCAACUGACUGUGGACACGUAUGCCAGUCACGACGGUCGGCUCUAUUGCGUGGUUCAUCAGCGGCAGCUGUUGAAGGCGCUGGCCGCUGCAGCUGCCGCCCCCGCCUCCGCCGCCACAGCCACCACAGCCGCUGCCGCGACCGUGGACGCCACAGACUCAGGGCCCCGAGCCGGCGGCGAGAUGGUCGGAGCCGACGACGAGCGCACCGACGGACCGGCCGGCGCCAACGAGAUCGUCAAAUCCUCGAACAAGGCCGACUACGGUCUGGACGAGCUGCAGCACCUGAACGUGAAGGACCGCUUCUCCGUGUUCGAGCGCGCCAACAGCGACGAGCUGGAGAAGACGCCCACCUCGGUCGAGGUCAAACGCUCCCAGAGCAUCCUGGACAAAAUGAAAAAGUUCGACCGGACGGCGGCGCGGGAGGCGGCCUCUCCGGAGGAGUCCGAAGACUCCGGGGACGAGGGACGAGACCGAGACACGGUGCGCUCCUCCACCAAGAAGGAGCGACCCAUCGGACUGGCCGGACUGGGCGACGUCAAGAGCCGCUUCGAGCGGGGCGGCGUCGCCAAUGACUCUGACCCAGACCCUGCUAAGGGCGAGGCAGCCAAGCUGCGCGGCAUGAUCUGCGGCGCGCGCGAGCACAAACUGGCCUAUGAGGAGGCGCUGCGUGGACGGGAGGCGGAGGCCGAGGCGGCGCGCCGGCCCAGGGACGACCCGAGCCUCGUCAUCCAGGUAGGUAACCUACGUGAGACGUACGAGCGGGCGGUGCAGGAGGCCGAGUCUCCGCGGCCCUCGUCCCGAGAGGAGGCCGUGGUGCGCGGUCGGGCGGCCGACAUGGCCUCACGCUUCGAGCGAGGACAGCUGGAGACCGAGAAUGGCGACGGAGCUACGAAUGGCGACGGAGCUACCCAGAACGGCGUCUCGACCUCCGAGGAGCUGAACGGCGCGGCCGAUACCAGCCCGACCUCCGAUACCGGCUCCGGAGAGGUGGCUCGGGUGGAGUCGCCCGAGCAGCCGGCCGCCCCCGCCCCCGCCCCGGCGGCCGACCCUGAGCUGCUGAACAGUGACACCACCAAGCGGAUGCUGAACAAGUUCAAACAGCUCGAGCAGAACGCCGGGCACGGCGACGAAGCAGCCGCGCACGGGGAGCUGAGUCCGCAGCGCGAGCGGCCGCAGGGCAACGCGCGCCAAAUGCUCUCCAAGUACCGGCAGAUGCAGGAGGCGGCGCAGCGGGAGGACCUGCCCGACGGCCCGCGGCCGCUCAAAUCGUUCACCCCGCCGCCGGAGGAACCGGUGCCGUCCUCAGAGGACCCCGAGGACGCCGGAGAGGACAUGGAGCCCGAGGAGGACCCCGACAUCGUCCGCGCCAGCUCCAAGGUGCCCGACGAGUUCCUGAACAAGAAAACCGACCAGGCUCGCAGCCUGCGGGAGAAGUUCGAGAGCUGGUCGCCGCCGGCCGAGCGCGGCUUCACGGUGGAGGAAGACUGCAAGCCCACUCCGGAGAUCACCAGGAACCUGCGCUCCAAGUUUGAGUCGCUCAAGGAGCAGCCGAAGCCGCAGCCACAGACGCAACACCGCACCAGCAAGUUCAUCCUGGAGCCGACCCAGGCGGCUGAGAUGUGCGGCGCCUGCAAUAAGCGUGUGUACGCCAUGGAGCGACUCGAGGUCGACAAACGAAUCCUGCACAAGAACUGCUUCCGGUGCUCCAAGUGCAACUGCGUGCUCAGAAUGGAUACCUACACUUUCAAUGCAGGGAAACUAUUUUGCACGCCGCACUUCAAGCAGAUGUUCAAGACCAAGGGCAACUACGACGAGGGUUUCGGUCUGGAGUCUCGUGCCAAGCACUGGAGCGGCGUGGCCAGUCACAACGAGCAGACCGGCGAGCGGACGGGCGCCGGCAGCGCCUCCCCGCGGCCGGCCGACGAACCAGCCGACACCAACGGCUCCUCCAGCCUGCCGGACACCAACGGAGCCCACAGCCCGGAGCGGGAGCCGAGUCCGCAGCCGGAGCGGGAGCCGAGUCCGCAGCCGGAGCGGGAGCCCAGUCCGGAGCCGCAGCAGCCGGAGCCGGCCGAGGAGGCUGAUGUGUUCCAGCAGGUUUACGAGUCGACAGUGGCCGACGGCCUGUGAUGAGGGAGCGACUGUAAGGGCGACUGUGAGCGCGAGUGGACUGUGUAUGUGUGUGAAUGUGUGACGUUUUACCGCUGGGCCGGGCGCUGGACCGGCCCGGUCCGACGGCUCGGACCGAACGCCGGCAGAGUUUUACCGAGAGAUGGAGAGUGGCCGAGUCAGUCCGGCGAGCGCCGAGUCAGAGUCACCGGCGGAGUCACGGCGCGGACUCCGCGCGAGUGAGACUGCUGAGAGACGGACCCAGAGUUGUACCACCGCAGACAGCGAGACUGUGAGACGGGCCGAUAACACGCAGCGCGAGCGACCGCUUCAGUUCCCGCUUCUUAGAUGAAUUUUAUCAGUCUCGCACUUCGUAUUUUGUUAUUUUAAAGUGCUUUGUAUACGAUGAUCGAGAGCCAUUUAAAUAUAAGUUAAAGUCUUA